GAUCAUCAGCUGACCUGUCAAAAUAUUACGCAGCGCGUGCAGGAGUGUUUGUGUUUUGAUGACUGAAGUCAUGGCAGCCAAAAUGGAGCUGGCUCCUCUCAGACCGUGGGACGACUUCUUCCCCGGGGCGGACCGGUUCGGUAAACCAGAGUUCGGAGACCUGGCCAAGUGGAACAACAGAGUGAUCAGUAACUUAAUGUACUACCAGACUAAUUAUUUCGCCGCGGCGCUGGUGGUUUUCCUAGUUGUGGGGUUCCUGAAUCCCAUCGGCAUGUUCCUGGGAGGCGCUGUGGUGACGGUGGUCUUCGCUGGUUCUGUGUGGGCUGGAGAAAAUAAGGCCACCAUCAAGAACUUCAAAAGGAAGAACCCUACUCUGUUUGUGGUCGGCGUCAUGGUGACCAGUUACUUUCUGCUGUCUCUGUUUGGUGGUGUCAUGGUCUUCAUCUUUGGGAUCACCUUCCCUUUGCUGUUGAUCUUAAUCCAUGCGUCACUCAGACUGCGCAACAUGAAGAACAGGCUGGAGAACAAGAUUGAAGGUAUUGGGUUGAAGAAGACUCCGAUGGGGAUGAUCAUGGAUCUCCUGGAUCAGCAGGAGGAGAAGAUCAACAAGAUUCAGGAUUUCAUUGAGAGUAAACUGAAGGAGUAAAGGUCGAUCCGAGAAAGUGCCGAGGAAGAGAGGUUCAAGACAGCUGCAGCUUUACGCCACGUGUCCCGGUUUUACCCCCACACACACACAAACCUACUCACACGUGCAUUCCCACUUAGCUUACUUUGUGUUGUUGUCCAUCAAUGCUAGUCCACACUGUUUAAAGUGUACACAUAGAGAGCAACAUGACUAUUUUUGUUCAUUUUAAGUUGAAAGGCAUGUUGCACUGGAGGUUACCAAAGGUCAGAGCAUCCCCAUGUCCAAAAAAAGUAAUUUCUUUAGUUUACAGUGCAUUUAAGAUCAAUAAGAUGUCUAUUUAUUUCAGUAAAGCAAAGUGGAAGAUUCACCCGAGUCUCCACAGCUGACUACCAAACAAAAACGAUUUUUGUUUCUGUUUUCUAUCUCUAAAUGUUCGUUUCUCACCUGAUUUAAUAGACCCAUGUGAAUGGGAUACACGGCCCUGGGUGUGAGCUGCUGUCCGAAGGGCAGUGCUGUCAUUAGGAUGUGUAUAAAAAUGGAUCUGAGAUUUGUUGCUACGGUCCAUAAUAAUAAUAAUAAUAAUAAUAAUAAUAAUAAUAAUAAUAAUAAUGACACGGGAGUGUGGGCUUUCCUGUCGUCAGUGGUUUUGUGUACAGAGACAGCGUGUGUCCCCUCUGAAUGCAGCUAUGCAAAACUGAAAAGUGAAUGGCAAAGGCAGUUGUAUUCUUAGUGAGUCGCAGCAUGUAUCAGAUGGUUUAUUCUGAUGCAUCAUUUUUACAGAAGCAUGCAGAAGUCUAACGUGGCAGCAGGACUCGAGUAAAUUCUGGUCUAGAGCGAUGUAAGUAAGUAAAAGUGUAUUUAUAUUGCGCCUUUCUCAGAUAUAAAUCACAAAGCGCUGUACAACAUGAUAAAGAUCAGGGCAAAUACCUCCAACCAAUAAAAACAUCAGAAAAACAAUAGCAGUGAUAAACGUAGAAAAUAAAAUCAGGAGUAUAAACAAAGUGAAGGUGUGAACCCGAACAAAGCCAUCUUUUAGAACAUUUAGGGAGGGAACGCCUGGAUGAAAAGGUGAGUUUUUAGAUGAUUUUUAAAGACCUCUACAGUGUUAGAGAGACGGAGAUUUGAAGGCAGACUGUUCCAAAGUCUGGGUGCAAUAGUCUGAAAGGCCCUGUCCCCUUUGGUUUUCAGUCUGGUUCGAGGAACAGCCAGGAGAUUUUCAGAUGUGGAUCUAAGAUGUGUGUGUUUCCUUAUCAGAACCCGUCCUUGUUUUCAUGUUUAUUUAGUACAGCUUAUUUAUUUGGUGCUCUUAUUGUGUUUUUGCUGUUUUUCCUCUUUGCAUGCCACCGCGACACCUCACACACGGAACAGGUGGUGUGUGUGAUAUAGUUUUUACAAAGUCAUAAAUUACAGCAUAAAUCAUUUGUAUGGAACUUUUUUAUUCUUGAGAAGCAAAUAAUGAACUGGAAAUAAAGUUAAGCCAUACUCA